AUGGCAUAGCCAAGUAAGAGGAAGUAAUCAAGAUCUUUUGAAGACAGCGAAGUAGCAAUUUUAACAUAAGUUAUAGUAUAGGGGGAAGCUGUUUAGGGAAGGUGGACUAAGGAUGAACAUUAAAGAUUUGUAGAAGCUUUGAGCAUACAUGGGAAAAACUGGAAAAAAGUUGAAGAACAUGUUGGUACUAGGAGUGGUGCCCAAAUUAGAUCUCAUGCAUAAAAGUUUUUCAAUAGAUUAGAGAAAGAAUUUAACAAAUAAUUUAAUGGCCUUAAGAGUUCAGAGAUUAAACAGAUUUUUGAAAAUAAUAUCCAACAUUAUUCAGAAGGUGAUGUGACAUAAAAAAGACAAAGGACUGGUUCUAUCAAUGAUAUUUCAGAGGACGACAAUUAAGGAAACUUAGAGUCUAUGUAGAUUGAAUCAAAUCAGCUAUAACUGCAACACCAGUUAUAAUAGGUGAAGAUGCAAUUACAACAGGGUAUUCUAGAUCUAAAUCUGCCUGAUUCUUGUUAUCAUUAGAAUGCCAAGGAUUAAGUCACCAAAUAUCAAUAAUAGUAGAAUAAGUUGCAAAAGAAAAUGCAAGAUGUUGUUGAUCGAAACUACUCAGAGGAAUUAAUUAAAGAAAUUUGUGAAUUACACAAAGAGAAAGACUAGAUUAUUGCUAUUCAAUAAAUUUAAAAUGCUUAUUAAUCCAUAGCUGAAGUAAAUCAACUUGAAUAAUAACAAUCCUUAAGAUAGUAGCAACCUCAACAAACUCAACCUGAACACUAAUAGACCUAAAAGAACAGUAACUAACUCAAUGAGGAAUCUAGACCUGGAACUGACGAGUCAUUCUUUCACUUUAUAAUGGCAAGAAAUUAAAAGUAUAUCAAUAAUAGGAAAUUGAGCUUAUCUGAUUUGAUUGAAGUACCUAAGUAAGAUGAGAAAGCAUAAGAAUCAGAAUUGUUGGAGUAAAAAUAACAAUAAUAAUAAGAGAAUGAAGGAUAAAGAAGCAGAAAAUAAUCAUUUACUUUUUAUAACGAUUAGGUUGAAGAUAACGAACUAAGGUAUUAGACACUCAAAAAAAACAAGAAAGAAUAAUGA